AUGUCACGGCUAUCUGGUGCGACAGUUGUACUUUUUGGCGCAAUUGCUGAAGGCAGACAGCUUUGGCAACAAGCUUUUGCAUCAGCACCACGCCUUCAAAGCUCUCCCAAGCCCCUGCUGGAGGAAGACCGCCGCCUGAUGCAUCUUCCGGAGGAGUUCUUGGGGCAAGGAUAUGACAUGCUGGAGCUGGUCGGGCGGGAUGAGGUGAAGCUCAACUUCAUGCUUGACAGUGGCUUGACAACUUCCAUCAUCUGCCCGGACAAAGCUGACCAACUGGAAUUACUUGGAAGGACCCUGCAAGUACCAGGCCGCAUCCCCACAGUGGCGCUGGAUGACCUGUGCUUCCACACAGGUCUUCAAGUUGGUCCACUCAAACCUUUCGUGAUGGAUUUCCCACAGCGAAGGAUAGCAGACUCCAUGAACAUCCAAAUCGACGGAAUGCUGGGCAUGGAGUUCUACGAGCGCUUCGUGGUGGAAGUUGAUUCAUCUGCUCUCCGGUUGUACCAGGCAGACUCCGGAGAGAGGUUGGCGGUUGCGGGCAACAUGGUGAGCCUGACAACAGGCGUUCUUUUGCAAAACAGCCACUUUCUACAACACGCCUGA